UGAGAGUGAAAAGACCCUCUGCUGCCCUUUAAAGUUCAAUUUCCUUGCUACGUUAAAAGGAUAACGAAAUCGCCCAACUCAAAUUUGAAAGGAAUCAUCGGAGACUUUCAGGGGAUUUGGCAAAGUCUUAACUUGUUCUUCGGUUUCGGAAACACGACCCUUUUCUUCUCUACUUAUUUGGUUCUUUGCAGGAAAGAAAGGAUGUCAUCUACUAGAGAGACAAUGGUGGACCCGUUAAAAACCUGGAAGUUCCUUGUUUGGCCGACGAUCACAAUCAAACCCAUUGGUUCAUACUUUUUCUUAUUAAAAACAAUUCUAGCUAGUUUCUUAGUUGCUUCAAUCUCUCUGUCUCUGUACUUUGCUUUCUCUAGCCAACCCCAGUGGCUCCCUUCUCCCAACUGCAAUAACCCUGUCAUUAUUUCCGAUCACCAAAAGUUUACUACCAAGAACAUUUCCAGUCAGGCUUAUGAAAGGACCGAUUUAUCCCACAUCCAGUUUGGCAUCGGUGGCUCGGCCAAGACCUGGAACGAGCGUCGCCGUUACUGCGAACUGUGGUGGAGACCUAACGUUACCCGUGGGUUUGUUUGGCUGGAUGAGAAGCCUCCGAAUGAUGAAAAGUUGCCACCAACAUCCCCUCCGUAUAAAAUCUCCCAGGACACUUCCAGGUUCAAGUACACAAGCUGGUACGGCUCACGCUCAGCUGUUCGGAUAGCCCGUAUAGUGAAGGAAAGCUUCGAGCUUGGAUUGGAUAACGUGAGAUGGUUCGUAAUGGGAGAUGAUGACACGGUAUUUUUCCUGGAAAACUUGGUCACUGUUUUAAACAAAUAUGAUCAUAAUCAAAUGUAUUACAUUGGUGGAAAUUCUGAGAGCGUUGAGCAAGAUGUGAUACAUUCUUAUACCAUGGCCUACGGUGGAGGUGGAUUUGCAAUAAGCUACCCUUUAGCAGCUGAGCUUGUUAAGGUUUUAGAUGGCUGCAUUGAUCGAUACGCGUCGUUCUAUGGGUCUGAUCAAAAAAUUCAGGGUUGCAUGAGCGAGAUUGGUAUUCCUGUCACUAAAGAGCUUGGUUUCCAUCAGGUUGACAUUCGAGGGAACCCUUAUGGUUUACUGGCUGCACAUCCUCUGGCCCCAUUGGUGUCACUUCACCAUCUAGACUACAUUCAAUCCAUUUUUCCGGGAAGGACCCAGAUUUAUUCAAUCAAGAAGCUACUUAGUGCUUAUGAAAAGGAUCCGAGUCGGGCCCUACAGCAUAGUUUCUGUUAUGAUUUGAAGCGUAAUUGGUCUGUUUCAGUGUCUUGGGGCUACACUGUGCAGUUGUAUCCAUCUCUAGUUACGGCCAAGAAGCUUGAAACGGCAUUUUUAACGUUUAAAUCAUGGAGGAGUUGGAACGACGAGCCCUUCACUUUCAACACCCGACCCGUUGGCCAAGACCCGUGUGAGAGACCCGUUAUAUAUUUCUUGGAUCGUACCGAGAGGGUUACUGGGGAUAGGACCCUAACCACUUACAUAAGAUAUGUUGAUGGGUCAGAGACAGAAUGUGACAAGCCGGACUAUGCCCCUACUUUGGCCGUGCAAUUCCUCCAUGUCUCAAGUGCUAGGCUGAACCCUACCAUUUGGAGGAUGGCACCACGUAGACAAUGCUGCGAGGUUAUCAACGGCGGAGAUGGAGAGGACAACCUGAUCCAGGUCAAGAUUAGAGGCUGCAAACGCUUUGAAAGUGUGACUCCUCUGUAGAAUGUGCCCACAUUCACACAGCCGCCGCAAAGGGUCUCUGCUCAAGGGAGAAAAAAUGCCAAUUCCCACGGCAAAAGCUCCCUGUAAAUAUAAAGGUCUUUUUGCACCUGCAACCCCCUUUUUCACUU